UAUAUAUGGUGCAGGACAGCCCCUGGGGACAAAUCUUAGACCCCGACACUGUUUUGGUUUCCUCUGUUAAGCAGCAUUGGCACACUGAUUCAAAUAACCUAGAGGAAAUUCUUUUUAUUUACAAAAUGGAAGAUCCAAUCCAACUCAAAGAUGAAGGCAACAAAUACUUCCAGGCUAAUGACUAUACCAAUGCUAUUCAGUCCUAUACCAAGGCUCUCCAGCUCUGCAAAGACAAGAAGGUUGGGGCUGUACUCUACCGCAACAGGGCUGCAUGCCACUUGAAGCAGGAAAACUAUGUGCAGGCGGCAUCUGAUGCAUCCAGAGCCAUUGAUGUUGAUGCAGCAGAUGUCAAAGCACUCUACCGACGAUGCCAAGCUCUUGAAAAACUGGGGAAGUUGGAUCAAGCAUUUAAGGAUGUCCAGAGAUGUGCGACCAUUGAACCAAGAAAUAAGUCGUUCCUUGAAACUCUACGUCGACUUGGUUCAGAUAUUCAGGAGAAGCUGAAGAUUCAGUUCUCUACUGAUUGCAGAGUUCAGAAAAUGUUUGAAAUUCUUCUUGAUGAAAAUGCAGAUAAAGAAAGAAAAGAGAAGGCUGUAAACAAUUUAAUUGUUCUUGCAAGAGAAGAUGCAGGAGCGGACAAAAUUUACCAGAACAACGGAGUGACUUUGCUCUAUCAGUUGAUUGAGACUAAAGACCCAGAAAUGAUCCUUGCAGCAGUGAGGACCUUCUCAGGCAUGUGCACUGGUCACAAAGCAAGGGCAACAGCCAUCCUUCAUUUGCUUGGACCUGAAAAAAUUUGCACCAUCAUGGGCACUGACCAUGAAGAAAUAGCACUGGCGACUAGUAAUUUGUUACAGAAUAUCUAUGACUCAUUGUCUGGGGAAGAUAAGAGAGACUAUGGGAAAGAAGGCGCUCUCGUUCUUGAUACAACGCAGCCCCUGAAGUCAAUUCUCUUAACUCUGUUGGAAAUGUUAACAAGCGACAGGAUAUCAGGAUAUGGACGUGACCAAGCUCUAAACCUUCUCAGCAAGAAUGUGCCCAGAAAAAAUUUAAAGGACCCUGACCAUUCCAAAACCAUCUUCACCAUUGACCACGGACUGAAAAAAAUCUUGAAAGUGGUCGGGCAAGUUCCAGAUCUACCCAAACAUUUGCCUCUAUCUGAAAACACUCAGAUGAUAGCAUGCAUUCUUCUUAAUAAGCUCUAUGAUGAUCUCCGCUGUGAUCCAGAAAGAGAAAAUUAUUUCAAGAUCUGUGAAGAGUACAUACUGGGCAAAUUUGAUCCAAAAGAUAUGGAUAAGAAUCUACAUGCCAUCCAGACUGUAUCUGGUUUGCUUCAAGGUCCUUUUGACGUUGGCAACAAGAUCGUCGGAAAGCAAGGUGUGAUGGAAAUGAUGGUGGCCUUAUGUGGCUCAGAGCGAGAGGUUGAUCAACUAGUGGCAGUUGAAGCUCUAAUUCACGCAUCCACCAAAAUGAGUAGAGCUUCCUUCAUUAUUACUAAUGGAGUAUCGCUACUAAAGGACAUAUACAAGAAGACAAAGGAUGAGAAGAUCAAAAUCCGAGCUUUAGUAGGUCUUUGUAAACUAGGGUCUGCUGGUGGGGAUGACUAUAGCCUACGGCAGUUUGCAGAAGGCUCCACUGAAAAGCUUGCAAAACAGUGUCGCAAGUGGUUAUGUAAUCCAAAUAUUGAUGUACGCACCAGAAAGUGGGCUGUGGAAGGGUUAGCUUAUUUGACAAUGGAUGCAGACGUGAAGGAUGACUUUGUUGAAGAUGAACUUGCAAUGAGGGCAAUGUUUGAGCUCUGUAAGUCUCAAGACAAGACCAUUCUGUAUGCAGUGGCUUCCACAUUGGUGAAUUGCACUAACAGUUAUGAGAAGAAGGAGAUCAUUCCUGAGUUGGUACAGCUGGCAAAGUUUUCCAAGCAGCAUGUGCCUGAGCAGCACCCCAAGGACAAAAAGGAUUUUGUGGAGAAACGUGUAAAACGUCUACUGAAAGCUGGGGUUACAUCAGCACUGGCUUGCAUGGUAAAAGCCGACAGCACAAUUCUGACUGAUCAGACAAAGGAGCUUUUAGCACGGGUUUUCCUUGCUCUGAGUGAGAAUCCCAAAGACCGUGGCUUUAUUGUGGCUCAAGGAGGGGGAAAGGCGCUGAUUCCUUUGGCCCUGGAGGGCACAGAACUUGGCAAGGGAAAGGCAUCUCAUGCUCUGGCAAAGAUUGCUGCAUCUUCAAAUCCUGAAACUGCCUUCCCUGGAGAGAGAAUUUAUGAAGUCGUGCGACCUUUGGUUAGCCUUCUGAACACAGAGAAAGAUGGUCUGCAAAACUACGAGGCACUUUUGUCACUUACAAAUCUCUCAGGAAUGAGUGAAAAACUCAGGAAGAAGAUCAUUAAAGAGAACGCUCUGGCGGAUAUUGAAAAUUACAUGUUUGAGGAGCAUGACCAGAUCCGGCAGGCAGCCACAGAGUGUAUGUGCAAUCUCACUGUUUGCAAAGAGGUGCAAGAAAGGUUCAUGGCUGAGGGCAACGAUCGCCUCAAACUCCUGGUUUUGUUAUGUGGAGAAGACGACUUUAAAGUUCAGAGAGCAGCAGCAGGGGCCCUGGCAAUGCUAACAGCUGCACAAAAGACGUUAUGUACUAAGGUUACGGAAGUGACUACACAAUGGCUGGAGAUUCUUCAGAGACUUUGUCUUCAUGAAAAGCCAGAGGUCCAGCAUCGAGGUGUUGUGAUUGUUUUCAACAUGAUCAACGCAGACAACGAGCUGGCCAGAAAGUUAAUUGAAAGCGAGAUGUUGGAGAUUCUUACUGUCCUUGCUAAACUGGAGGACGAUCCUCAUAAACAGGAGGCGAUUGAUGUCGCCCGCAGCUGCCUCGGCAAGGCCAUGGACUGUGGACUGAUCAAGCCUGCCUCAUAAGCCAACAGGAUCAAAGCAGCAGAGUGGCUUUUUAUAACAAGCUAAGGCUGUCUCUACAGAUCGUAUUUUAUCAAUUAAUAGGGCAGCCCUCCAUGUCACUGUAUUUCACAUGUUUAGGCUCUGUCAUCUAAUGAAAAUAUUGUGAGAGGCACAAGUAGGCGAUGUUUCUGCUGGUACUGAAAAACAUGUUGAUUGCUAGGUCAUGGCGAAAACAAAACUUAAGCAGAAUUUUUUUAAUUUUCUUGAAAACUGAGGUUUUUUUGCUUUUAUUUAUUUUUCAGAUAUUUUAAAUCUAACUUCAUUACAGUAUUACAGUAAUGACACAAAAAUUUACCAAAAUGAAGCUGCAGAAACCAAUUUAGUCUGGUGGGCUUCAAUUUCUUUUGUUUGUUAUCAUUUGUUAUAGGCAAUCUUGUGGAGCAGUGUUUUAUAAUAAUAAUACAAACUUUUAUGGAA